GGAACAUUUGACUUUGACAUUGUGGACGCGUGGACGUUUCGCAAUAGUCACACACAAAGUUCGCGUGUUCUUAAAACAGAAAAUAUUUUUAAUUUAUUUAUUAUUUAAAACAUAACAUUUAAAACGUCAAGUUUCGAAAUUAGAACACGCUCGACCUCUAAAUCUAAAUCAAAAUUCGAUUUUGUUGAAUAUUUUUUUACAAUUUACUUAUUUUUAAACAAAAUGGUAUCUGUGAUAUAUUUUUUAAGUUCUUUACUUGCCAGUGUCUCAGCUAUGUACAGUUCGAAGGCCUUGGAGGGCUAUCCCGCUGGAUAUUUACCAGAUUGUCCAGGGUCAACCAACGAAGCGAUAAUCAUGCCAAAAACCCUCAAGCAUUUGACCUUCACAAUCCAGGGUCCAGGUGGAGCCAUAGCUGCUAGACGAAUCAGAUACACUUACUUCCAAAUGAAAGCGUUAGCCAAAGACCCGGACAUGGACUUCAAGAAGAAGACCCUUCUAUAUGUUGGAGGGUUUCUGGAUAGUCCAGGGUACCCCAUGGCUUGGAUUAUGGCGAAGCAUUAUAAGGACCUAGGGUACAAUGUUCUGCUGUUGGACACGAAUUAUUUUACUACCACAGAUUAUCCUAUUGCUGUCCGUUACAUGCGCCCAGUAGGUAAGCACACAGCAGAAAUGUUAGCCAACCUAACCAAGUUGGGUCUGGACCCUAAGAAGCUAGAGGUCGUUGGCCUCAGCCUCGGAGGUCACACUAUCAGCUACAUCGCCAAGAACUACAGACUUAUCACCGGGAGAAAUAUCUCUAGGCUUACUGCUUUGGAUCCGGCGGGACCCUGCUUUAGGAAUCUUGGCCCAGAAGACAGACUCGACCAAACCGACGCAGACUUUGUCGACGUCAUUGACACAAACAUCGACGGCUUCGGAAUGGCCGCCCCAGUGGGUCACGUCAAUUUUUACGUUAACGGGGGCGAAUUCCAACCUGGAGAUUUCUUGUGGAUGCCAUGCAAUGUCCUUUGCAGUCACGCUAGAGCGUUCACCAUAUGGCUGGCAGCUUUAGAAAACCCGAACUCCUUCAUAGCGCUGCAAUGCGACUCCGUCCAGCAAGCUCGUGAGCGAAAUUGCUAUGAAAGAAAGCCCCAAGUAACUAACCUUCUAGGCCCCAAAACAGACAGGACGAAACAAGGUUUGUUUUACCUAGCGACUUAUAACAAUUUUCCCUAUUUCAUGGGUGAAAAAGGACUGAAAAGGGAGAAUGAGUUUUUCGAGACGAAUUUAAAAGCGUUUAAUCCUACUAGAGUUAUUCAAAUGUGAUGAGAAUAGAUGAUAUACCUAAGUAGAUAUAUCAGGUAAGAUGAAAUUAUUAGUCAAAUUACUUUUGCCCUACGAUUUAAAAUUGAAAGAUUAAAUAGAUAGAUACUGCUGCAAACUGUAAAAACCAUCAAAUUUUCCUUUAAAAUUAGAUGGUGUUUACAUUAAUUAGCACCACUGACUAACCUAUUUAUUUAAUAAAACUAUCCAUUUGUACACCAAAAUAAGUACCUAAACUUAUAAUAGGAAUGUUUAAUAUAACAAUGCCAUAAUAUUAAAAAAGCGUGUUCACCUAAGUAGUUAUUAGUAAGUAGGUUUAAUUAUUUACAUGGCAGGUACACCACCUAAUUGUACUCUAAUAAUGAAAAAUGUGAGCUUCUUAGCUUUUGUGAUGGAGAAUAAGUUUGAGAACUGGGGUGCCUUUACUAGAAUAAAUAUAUAUAAAAU